CGCGGAACAGAGAAACAGAGAGACUUACAAUAGUUCUGAGAAAACCCAAAUAAGAAAAAAAAAUAUAAAUUUUUAUCAAACUUCCAGAUUUCCAAAAGCAAAAUCAGGCCUCGUUGACAUUUUCCCAGAAAUCAAACGUAGUUUUAUUCGAAUUUCCAAGAAACAGAUCCUUUGUGAUUUUCUCAAGUAAUCACUCUCAUUAUCGUCAUCAUCUUGUGGGGUUGAUUUAAUGGCAGAAUCUAGAUAAAACAGAGAUUGAGAAGAACAGAAUCGAAACACAAGGAUAAGACAAGACACGUGUUUGGCAAAAGAUCUGAAAAUAUGUUCUGUUGCGGAGGUGCGGAUGAGGAACCCGCCGGUCCGCCAGCAAACCAGUAUGCAGCGCCUCCUAACAAGGCCGGAAAUCCCAAUUUUGGCGGCGGAAAUAGAGGGGAGCCGAGGAACCCGAACGCACCGAGAUCCGGAGCUCCUGCAAAGGUUUUGCCCAUAGAGAUCCCUGCCGUUGCAUUGGAUGAGUUGAACAGAUUGGCGGGUAACUUCGGAAACAAGGCACUGAUCGGUGAAGGUUCUUAUGGACGUGUCUUCUACGGCAAGUACAAAGGGAAUGAUGUUGCUAUCAAGAAGCUUGACGCUAGCUCUUCUGAAGAACCUGACUCCGAUUUCACAUCACAGUUAUCGGUGGUAUCGCGGCUCAAACACGAACAUUUUGUGGAGUUGCUGGGGUACUGCCUGGAAGCAAAUAACCGCAUUCUCAUCUACGAGUUCGCAACCAAAGGUUCUUUACACGAUGUAUUACACGGGAGAAAGGGCGUGCAAGGGGCUGAGCCAGGGCCGGUGCUGAACUGGAACCAAAGGGUGAAGAUCGCGUAUGGAGCAGCCAAGGGACUUGAGUUCCUUCACGAGAAGGUCCAGCCACCAAUAGUCCACAGGGACGUGAGGUCGAGCAAUGUCUUGUUGUUUAAUGACUUUGUCGCCAAAAUGGCUGAUUUCAACUUGACCAACGCAUCCUCCGAUACCGCGGCUAGGCUUCACUCCACUCGUGUCUUGGGAACGUUCGGCUAUCACGCUCCAGAGUAUGCAAUGACGGGACAGAUAACACAGAAGAGUGAUGUGUAUAGUUUUGGUGUUGUGCUUUUGGAGCUCUUGACGGGAAGAAAACCCGUAGAUCAUACCAUGCCUAAAGGCCAACAAAGUCUUGUUACUUGGGCAACUCCGAGACUAAGUGAAGACAAAGUCAAACAAUGCAUAGAUCCUAAGCUAAACAAUGACUUCCCUCCUAAAGCAGUCGCCAAGUUGGCAGCCGUGGCGGCCUUGUGUGUUCAGUACGAGGCAGACUUCCGACCCAACAUGACCAUUGUUGUCAAGGCACUUCAGCCUCUUCUUAACUCUAAACCGGCCGGUCCUGAGUCUACUUCCUAAAUAACCAUUUUACCAUUUCUUCUGUUUUUAUUAUUGUUGUUGUUGUUAUUGUUAUGGCUCUUUUUCUCUCUUUUUCCUUCUGUUAUGAUUAUUGGUUAUAAGAUGUUGUUAUUUAAUCAGAAUGUAACUUAUAUUUUUCAUUGGAUUGAAGCCCUCUUUCUUUUUUUGGUUGAAUCUAAACCUUGAGUCGAAUUUUGAAUCAGAA